AUGGAUAUCUACCGUGCUUAUACAAACCUUGGAACUGUCUUCUUAUUGGGCGAUUUCAAUUGCAAGAUAGAAGGACCGCGAUAUAAAUUUGUGAAUGACAAAAGGAGUAACUUACUGAAUUCUCAUUUAGAGGCGACUAGUAGUGUCUCACUUCAUACACUAAGUUUUGCCAUUGGUCCUAUACAUACCUUUCAGUCUUACGAUGGUGGUCCAAAAACUGCUAUAGAUCACAUAAUAACUCAAAGAGAGAACAUUUGUUAUAUAUCCGAAGUUUUUAUUCCUGAUGAAGAUAUAUUCAACGUGUCGGACCAUAAACCUAUAAUAUGCACGAUGGAACUUAACGGUUACCGUAGAUCAGACAAUUUAAAUCAGAAUCCACUUUUAACACAGUUAAGUGAAAAAGUUGCUUGGACGAAGGCGAUUGAACUUAAUUUAAUCACGGACUAUUCCUUUGCCGUUUCUCAAAAUCUUUGGAGUGUCUGUGCACCAUCAUCACCUGCAACCGCAGCAACUAUUGAGUCAUACUACAAGACUAUUGUCGAUGCAAUAAUGACUGCUGAUCAUGAUACAUUACCACAUAAGAGCUUCGUCAAACAUCUUAAACCGUAUUGGACGAACACUGUCAAAAUUAAUCAUGCACAUAUGAGAAAGCGUCGUGCAGAUUGGAUUGCAAACGGCAAAAUACACAAUAGAAACAACUAUUUCUUCAAAGCAUACAAGGACGCUAAAAGAGAUUUCAGGAAGGAAUUAGAACUCGCAUAUAAUGCUUAUAUGAAAGACUGUGCACAAAAACUCGAAGAAUCUAUAGACUCAGACCAGAAAUACGUAUGGUCAGUUCUAAAAAGUCGAAGAAAACAAAAAGUUAUUUGCCGUGAACUUCGUGUGAAUGGACGUACAUAUACAGAUGAUAAUGAUAUAUGUGAGGCUUGGGCCGACCACUUUGAAUCUAUAUUCAAAACCGAUAGAACUUUGCUCAAUCCUGAAAGAGAACAACAUAUGAAACAAACAAUUGCUGAUAUUCGAAACUGCUUUAAAGCAGUUAGUGAAAAUAUUACGGAGUUUGAAUAUGACGAAGUCUAUAAUGUUUGUAAAAAGUUAAAGAAUAAUAAAUCUACUGGUUUGGAUAAGGUUUCAUACGAACACGUGAAGUAUGGUGGAAAACAACUACAAAAACAUUUGUGCGCCUUAUUCAAUUUGAUAAUUCAAAACUGUUAUAUACCCGUUGAUUGGAAAUCAAGUGUUAUAAUUCCACUGUUCAAAGGUGGGAAUAAAGACAAAACUGACCCAAAUUCUUUCCGAGGUAUAUCGCUAACAAGCUGCAUAUCGAAGAUUUUCGAGAAAAUACUCGUACCUCAUUUAGAACCUCUUCAACAAAACUUUCCGCAUCCGACACAAAUGGCUUAUCAGAAAUUGUUAUGCAGUACACAUGCAUCGUUUACUAUGCAGGAGAUGAUAAGACACUAUAUCGAACGCAACAGCAAAGUCAUUGUUGUUCUGAUGGACAGUAUGAAGGCAUUUGAUUCAUUGUGGCAUGACGCUCUCCUACUAAAAUUAAAAGAAUACGGUGUUUGUGGAAAAUUUUGGCUUCUGAUUGAUGAAAUGUAUCGUGGCAUGAAAAGUUCAAUCUUAUUCAAUAAUAAACUGUCGAGAUGGUUUCAACUACAACGAGGAGUGCGUCAAGGAGGUGUGUUAUCAGCCGUUCUUUACUUAGCUUUUAUCAACGACUUACUUAUUGAACUGAAUAAAACGAGUUACGGUACAAUUCUCUAUGACAUAAGAGUCGCAUGUUCUGUACAAGCGGACGAUAUAGCUCUGAUGUCUCCUACAAACAAAGGAAUGCAAACCCUAAUAAACAUUUGCCAGUUGUUUAGUGAGCGGUGGGCCUUCAAGUUUUCACCCAGUAAGAGUCAUGUAUUACUAUAUGGAAAGUGCCAAAGCAACACUAUUGAUAGACUCUUUCUAUAUGGUUCAGAAAUACCAAUCGUCAAAUCUACUAAACAUGUCGGUAUUCUCUUAGAGAGUAGCUUUAAUUCUAUGGAACAAACGAUAAAUGCGUGUCAUAUGUUACGUGCAACUACUAUUUCCAUUAUGAACUCUGGUGUCCAUCCAGCUAUCUUGAAUACAUCUACAUGUUUGAAAAUUGUAAACCAAUUAGCUUAUACAAGGGCACUUUAUGGUUGCGAACUGUGGAACAAUCUUACCAAAUCUGAAUUACUAUUACUCGAACGAGCUCACAGAUUCGUAUGUAAAGCAGUACAAGGACUACCUAAAAGGUCCAGAUCAGACAAAUGUACCAGCCUUCUUGGAUGGCUCUGCAUGGAGUGUUAUAUUGACAAAUACAAACUUUUAUUUUUCGGCAGAUUAUGUAGACUGAACUCAUCUCAUCUACCAAAGCAGAUAAUGAUGGCCAGACUGCUAGAAUUUAAAUACACGUGUGUGGACAAUCAGCUUGGUUUCAUUCCUGAUAUGUAUAGACUAUUUAUUAAGUACAAUCUCUUGCAAUAUGUUGUAAAUCUUAUUGAACUUGGAUCUUUUCCUUCAAAAAUUGUCUGGAACAAUGUAGUGUCGCAAAACAUUCACAAGACUGAACAAUUGAAGUGGCUAGAAAGAAUUUCAAACGACAGUGACUUUAACUUUUUCAAACUUAUCCAUCCAGUCAUUAAGUUACAUAAAGCAUGGAUAAUUGCAAAGAGAUAUCCAGAUCUAAGAGUAGCGUCAAAGUACAUUAUCGACUUGUGUGCUAUUGUUCGUGUUGAAGCUGAACAACUCCUAUGUGAAAAAUGCGGGAAACUGUUUACAAACGUUUUAGAACAUAUACUAUGCUCAUGUGAUUUUGUUCUCGAUUACAGAAAUGAAAUGUGGAGAGACAUUAUAAACAUAAACCCAAUACAGUUUAGUGUCUAUAUGGACAGCCUAUCGUCCCUAGAAUUCACAGCCACUAUUCUAUCCUGUGACACUAUAUACGAGCUUGAUGACGACGAGAGUAUUGCAUUCUCAAAACUUUGUGUCCAGCAUGUCUACAGCACAUGCAAACUCUUUUAUCGAUAA